ACAGCACAGCACAGCCUGAGAGGUCCAAAGAGCUCCACUACUACACUGUCACUAUAAUAUAACUCUGACAACAAAGACAAUACAGAAGACUUCUGAAGAUGCCCCUUUCAAGCAGCUCCACGUCCUCCACAAAGAGCAUCCGCAGAGCAGCAUCCGAGCUGGAGAGGUCUGACUCCAUCACGUCUCAAAGGUUCCUGGGUAGACGGCAAAGCUUGAUCGAGGACGCGCGCAAGGAGAGGGAAGCCGCCGUUGCAGCGGCAGAGGCUGCAGAGGCCAGUGAGCAGAUAGUGUUUGAGGAGGAUAAUGGAAAAGCACUGCUCAACCUCUUCUUCACUUUAAGAAGCUCCAAGACACCUGCACUGUCGAGGACACUCAAAGUUUUUGAGACAUUUGAAGCUAAGAUUCAACAUUUGGAGACGCGACCCUGCCGGAAGCUCAAGGAGAACGUGGAAGGCCUGGAGUACUUUGUCCGCUGCGAGGUGCACCUCUCAGAUGUCAGUACUCUCAUCAGCUCCAUCAAGAGGAAUGCAGAGGAUGUUAAAACCACCAAAGAAGUCAAAUUUCAUUGGUUCCCAAAGAAAAUAGCAGAUUUGGACAAAUGUCAUCAUCUGGUCACAAAAUUUGAUCCAGACUUGGAUCAAGACCAUCCUGGCUACACAGACCCUGCUUACAGACAGAGGAGGAAAAUGAUUGGAGACAUCGCCUUCAGAUACAGACAUGGGCAGUCGAUUCCCAAAGUGGAAUACACAGAGGCGGAGAUUGGCACAUGGAGGGAAGUCUACUCAACUCUGAGGGACUUGUAUAUCACACAUGCCUGCAGUGAAUUCCUUGACGCCCUCCGUCUGCUGGAAAGGCAUUGUGGGUACAGUCCAGACAACAUUCCCCAGUUGGAAGACGUGUCAUGCUUCCUCAAAGAGCAUACAGGGUUCCUGCUGCGUCCAGUGGCGGGUCUGCUCUCCGCCAGAGAUUUCCUGGCCAGUUUGGCAUUUCGGGUGUUCCAGUGCACCCAGUACAUUCGACACUCCUCGUCUCCAAUGCACUCCCCAGAGCCUGACUGUGUCCAUGAACUGCUGGGCCACGUCCCCAUGCUGGCUGACCGCACUUUUGCCCAAUUUUCACAGAACCUUGGUCUGGCAUCACUUGGGGCUUCGGAUGAAGAUAUUGAGAAACUGUCCUCACUAUACUGGUUCACUGUUGAGUAUGGCUUAUGUAAACAGAAUGGUGAGGUGAGGGCGUACGGAGCUGGACUGCUCUCCUCUUAUGGAGAGCUUGUGCACUCACUGUCUGAUGAACCAGAGACAAGGCUGUUUGAACCAGAGGCUGCAGCAGUGCAGCCCUACCAAGACCAGACGUACCAGCCUGUCUACUUUAUUUCUGAGAGUUUUUCAGAUGCCAAGGAAAAAUUCAGGGGUUAUGUGGCUGGUAUCAAGCGUCCCUUCUCGGUGAGGUUUGAUCCGUUCACCAGCAGUGUGGAGGUGCUGGACAACCCGCUGAAGAUACAAGCCGGCCUGGAGGGAGUGAAGGACGAGCUCAAGAUGCUGACAGAUGCCCUCAGUGUUUUGUCAUGAUGAUGCCCCGGUUCUGCGACCGCCCUGCUGUUGUCUGCUUCCUCUCCGCUGCGCUCUGAGACGUCCGACGUGUGAUCAAGACCAAUGUGUUUAUCUUUCUGUGCUGUACCUUCAGUAUGAUGCUGUUCCUGAUAAGUUGUUGCUUGCUGUCGGUGGCUGGUUGAUCAACAAUGCUGCAACCAUUAAAACCUCAAUACGCAGUGUAAGAUGUUUAAACGCCUUGCUGCGUGAAAUGAUUCAUGCUUUUAAAGCAAAAAUGUGUUGUUUGAGGAAUAUGUCAAAAUCUGAACCAAAAUCAAAUGGAACUGUGAUAAUGAAUGUAUUAAAAUAAAACUAAAUGGGUAUGGUUUAAUUAUUUUAAAAUCAAAGAAACAUAAUGGUAGAAUAAAGAAUAAAGUGUAUAAUAUAUCAAAUGUAUUUAAUAUAUUAUUAUAUUUUAAAUCAUAUGUAUUUUAUUUAGAAAUAAAUAUAUCCCCUGUGCUUAAGGCUUAAUCUUCCAGAUAUAUACAUUUAGUAAUUGAGUAUUACCUCUAAAUGUUGAUUUAUCUGGUUUCAUGCUGUUUUUGUCUUGAAGUGUAUAUGCAUAAUAAAAUAAAUAAUAAAAAACACUUUCCAUGUAAUGUACUGUUGGUUACAGCUUGAUUAAAAAUAAUAUAUCAAACAAUAAAUAAUUGCAAAUGAAGAUUUAGCUGUCAUCUUUCCAUAUUCAUUUAACUUGUAAUGUUGUCUAUGAUUGUCAUUGCAGUCCUGAAAUGUUUUGUUCCUGUUUUAACCAUGUAAAGCACUUUGUAACAUUGUUUUGUAAAGUUCUGUAAAA